AAUAAAAUUUAAGUUAUGGAUACGACAUAAUAAUGAUGUAUUUAUAAGAACUUAAGUGUUAAAAUGCACUCAAAAGUGAAAUUGAAAUGACUGGAAAGUGAAGUGAUACGAUGGCGGCCAAAAGACUUAUUAUAGUGUGGGCGGUAUGGCUCGCGUUACCAUUGGCAACGGGUCAUCUCAAUGUACUCAUCAGUAAGGUUGAAGUAAUGAAGCUAUUAGGUCUAGACGCGGAACUAUACUAUGUUAGAGAAGGAGUGGUGAAUACAUAUGCCACCGGUUUCAUAGUGCCUGUCCCGGCUCAUAUAGCUGACCUCGAGUUCAUGUGGCAGGCGCUCGGCAGAAGACCUUUACCGUACGUGAUGGGCAUAGACUACGAGAGUCGGGGCGCCAUGCUGCCGCCGCAGGUCAAUAUAUCUGAGAGAGGGCUGGUACCUACCACACUGCAGACUUUUAGGGUUCGCUUGCCAUGCACCGGUUCGAGAAGUGCUGAAAUACUUGUAACCAUCCAACUUAAUAUAUCAGCACCUGAUCGCGCACACAAGGAUGUCAGAUUGUUAUUCAAAAGAAACAAAAUAUGUUGGAAAGGUAUGUCAUCAGUGGUGACGCAUAAUGAAACAGCUCGCCUGGCCGGUGAUGCAUCCCGUGACUCCAGCGGGGUGCUGUUCGUUGCGGGCGGGUGUGCAGCGGCAGCGCUUGCACUGUUGACCGCGGCGGCAGCCGCUGGUACACUGUACAAGAGAGGUAGCAAGCAGAGACAUCACGAUUCUAUACACACUUCAUACACAACGGCGGCAUAUGGCAGUCAUCAGAACGUGUUACUGCGCCUCGAUACAUUGGGUCGCCCACCGAGUUCGACCGGGUCGUACGCGACCAUAGCCAGUCUACACAAAUUCCCAUUUGGAAGUAGGAGAUCCCCUUCACCAUAUGCCACAACUCAUAUCGGCGAGCACAUUUAUGCGAAACCAGAAUCUCGGGUCUCCUACUACGCAGCAUCUAAUCUCACACACGUGUCACAGCAAACAACUAAAGACCGGAUUACCGAUCCAGCUGAGCAGCUGGAACACCUUACGACUGCUCGUGCAAAUAUACGCCUCGAAAUUUUAGUUCAGGAAGGGACAUUUGGAAGGGUAUAUAAAGGAGUAUUCAAAAAAGGCGACACGUAUGAGGAAGUUAUUGUGAAAACUGUUUCAGAAGCUGCAUCAGCAAUGCAAGCAGCUUUGCUAGUUGCUGAGGGUUUACGUCUCUGUGGGCUGGUCCACGCCAAUGUACUUGCACCAAUGGCAGCUUGUGCUGAAGAAGCGAGAAGGCCACUUCUAGUAUAUUGUUGUGCGUCACACUCUUCUAAUCUUAAGAGGUUCCUUACAUCCUGUCGACUGGGUCAUCAGGCUGCACCAGCUACCAGAGAAUUAGUGGAUUUGGGCGCACAAAUAGCAUGUGGUUUGGCAUAUUUACAUGUUCAGAGAUUAGUACAUGCCGAUAUUGCUGCAAGAAACUGCGUAGUCGAUGAGAAAUUGAGACUGAAAGUGACAGAUAAUGGUUUAUCACGAGAUUUAUUUCCUGAUGAUUAUCAUUGUCUUGGAGAUAAUGAGAAUAGACCAGUGAAAUGGAUGGCCCCUGAAACUCUGUUGCAGAACCAAUAUACUACUUCGUCUGAUGUGUGGUCAUUAGGUGUAACAUUAUGGGAGCUCUCUACUUUAGGUUCAUCUCCACUGGCAGAAUUAGAUGCAGCAGACGUUGGUGCUUUUCUUGGUGGAGGAUAUAGGCCGUCACAACCGCAUAAUUGUCCAGAUGAAUUGUAUGGCUUAAUGUCUUGGUGCUGGACCACGUCAGCAUCAGCUCGUCCAACUGCUCCGCAACUCUUAGCCGCUCUCCACGACUUUAGGCAAGCUCUCAGUACUUACAUUUAAUACUUUAGUCUUUGUAUCUAUAUUCUCGAAGGAACAAUUAGAUAUAUAUAUUAAAACAUUAUGUCUUUUGUCUAUUUCAAUAUCACUAAUCUAAAAUAACUUGUCAAUUUUCAUACAAAUCCUUGCUACUAUUUUUCUUUACACUGUAUCUUUACCAAAGUGCCUGCCAAAGAAUUUGAACACUAAGCAGUAUUAUUUUAUUUAAGAAAUAAUAAUUCAGAUAAUCCAUAGAUGCAGUAAA